GAGAUGGACGCCCUGGAGCUGCAGCGCACCCCGACGAAGGGCGCGGGCAGCGGCGCGGCCGACCUGACGGCCAAGAAGGGCGCUCCUCCCGCGCUGGCGGACGAGCAGCAGGGCGAUCCCCCCACGCUGAGGCGCCAGAAGGCCACGCCGAUGGUCGCGGGCAGCGGCGCGGCCGACCUGCAGAAGGUCAGCGACACGUUGGACCUCAUGAUGGGCCUGGGCGGCGGCGGCGACAUGGACUGGGCGCAGGCAUUUGUGCGCGAGAUGGCCGAGGAGAUCGACGUCAUUGCCGUGGAUAGCGAUCCGCAGUCGCCAGAGCGCCCGACGGAGCGCCCGACGAUUCCAGCUCCGCUUCCUGUGUUUCAAGGGCCAGGUUGGAGUUCGAGUUCGAGUUCGAAGCAGCCUUGGGGGCCCACUCAGCCUGAUACGCAACCACCACCUGAGGACUCGCCUCCAGUGGGCGGCUACGGCGACACGUUCGUCGAGCAGGACAUGUACGAGACGUGCACGCAGCGCAUGUAG